AUGAUGAAAUACUAUCAGAAGUAUCAGUGCAGGAAGGAGAAGUAUAUAAACGUUUUUGUCAUGCGUAAAGGCUUCAAUAAUGCGAAACGGACAAAAGUAGUAACAAAUAUCCAUAGCGUGUUCUACGAAGACUUGAAAAAGAAUCCAUUUGGAGAAAUAGAACGUCUGGCAGCCUUUUUGAACAAAGAAUUAAGCCCUCAGCUUAUACAGGAUAUUGCCGACCGAUGUUCAUUUAAAAAUCUUGCAGACGCUACAACGUCAGGCAAAAAAGGGGAGGACAUUAUCCAAAAAAUUUCAAAGGAUAAAACAAAUUUCAUUUUCAGAAAAGGUACAACAGGGGACUGGAAGAAUUGGUUCACUGUCGCACAAAAUGAAAUGUUCGAUCUAAUGCUGGAAGGGGAGUUGAAAGAUACCGGUCUAAAGUUCACCUAUGAAUUAUAAACGACUAUAAAUAGACUUUGUCAAAUAUUAUACUGAUAACUGAUUAAUCGCCCAACGUAAUCAGUUACAAUGUAAGCAUAGAUGUGUUAAUGGUUCGUCCAACGUUAUACUGUAAUGAGUUACAAUGUUUUACAGAGUAACUGAUGCCUCUUCCAAGGUUACACUGUACAAAGACACAAUAUAAUUAUAUAUGUUAUGGAGAUUCGUCCAAUGUUAUACUCUUAUCAAUUACAAAGUUAUUAUAGAUCGAUGAUUUGUGAAAUUUUAUACGGUAGUUUGGUGCGGUUGUUUAACUCUGUGUCGUCUUUUGUACCGAUUUUAUUAACAUUUAAAUUGUCCCCUAUCUUAUCGUACUUUUUAACAAAAAAAACAACAACAAACAAACAAACAAACAAAAAACUAAACAUACAAAACUAAUGUCUAAAGUGUUUUAUUAAUGUAAGAAUGACAUGUAAGGAUGUAUAUAUAUCUUACAUAAUGUAUGGUUCUCUUAGCACCGAGCCUCAGUAUGCACCCCUCCUUUUCUAGGUUGAUUCUUACCGUAAUUACUGUAUCCGUAAUAUUUACCAUUAUCAACUAGUAUACUUUGUUGUUCUCUUUCAUACUUAAUCAAACCUAUAUAUGUAUAUUAACAUCUGUGCGGCAAAGUCAAGAUAUUAACUAAUAUGAUAGAUUUGUACUCUGUGAAAGCAUAACUGACACCCGAAUCGUGACAUCAUUUGACCAAAAGGUAAGAACAGACAAUAAGGAGGGAAUGUUUUUACUAUAACUUUAUUUUCAUUCACGUAUAUUUUGAAAAGAUACUCUGAAACGUAUAUAUUAUAAUUAAACUGUAUUGAUACGUUAACUAUAGUGGAUAGAAAUGUCAGAGCUUUGCAGACAAACGCCAUAUUGCGUCUUAUAAUCAACCAUAUAUACCAUAUUAAGACAUUUGAUUGCCUACAUACACGCAGUACUAUCUCAUUAUUUCUCUGGACAUCAUUAUUUGUUCCCUUCUCACGUUCACUCCGUUAGUGGAUAUCCGAAAUAUUAUUGAUUUUACCAAUAAUAUUAACAAAAAAUAGGAAGUACAAUGGUCUUUUAAGUUCAUACAUUGUAAUUCAAAUCCAAGUAUGUUUUGAAAAUGUCUGUGAGUGACGGUUGGGAAUAAGAUAAUCCGACAGGAUGUAGUAUUACCUUGUUUAUAUUGGAUUCCUAUACUGAAAUAACCCUUAUAAACCCUGUUUUAUUGCCGGCCCUAGUAGCUGUUCAGACUUUAUCUUACCUUCUUACUACCAUUAUUUGUUCAAUUAUGUCGGGACUGCAAUCCUGUUACUCCGGAAUAACAGUUGUGAACUACAUUGAAGCACAUAUUGUAAAACAUAUGACCGUGGUUACAAUAAUUACUCCGAACAUUUUUGUAUUCAUACGAAGCUGAUAAGAACCAUUUUUUAAUAUAAAUGUCUUUCCACUCUCAA